AUGUCAUUGUUUAUUUUAUACUUUACCCACUACACAAAUCAUUGGCAAAUGUGUACUAUACAGUAUACACACACAGACACAGCUAUACACACUCACUCACACACACAUACACUAUAGAAAAAUGAAAAAUACAGAUCCAUUCCAAUACUUUGCCUCUUUACCUGCUCCUCCAUUUUUCAUCUCCACAUUUUGGUGCAUUUUAGCAUCUUAACAAACCACCAACCAAACCCUAAAAAACCAUUAUCCUUUCUUUCUUUGCAUCUUUGCUUUCACUUAACCUUUUUCUUUUUCAUUUUUUUCUUUUUCUUUCUUUUUCUAACACCAAGCUCCAACAAAUAAUAAUCAUGGCAAUCAUUUUCUCUCUCUAAAAAAAAAACAACCUUUUCAUUCUCUCUCUCCAAAACAAACAACCCCUUCUUAUAGUUCUUCCUCUCUCUUAACAGAUCCUGUUCUCUUUUUUCACCAAAACUAUUUCUUGAAUAGAAAGAGAGUGUGACCCUUUAUCCAAAGGUUUCACCUUUAGAUCUGUUAAGCUUUUGUUUGUUACAAAACUGUUCCAAAACAAUGGAAAAACCUCAUGUUUCUUGGUCUUUUACAUGAAAGUUUCAUUCUUUCUUGUUUAACUCUUAAAGGGUUGUUUUUGUUUUUGUUUUCUUGAAUUGUGUUAAGUUUUGUUACCUUGUUGCUUAGAGAGUGUGAAAAAGGGUCUCAGAUUCUUUGAAUAAUGUUGGCCAUUGGAAGUCCUAUCACUAGUAUUCAUAUUAACACUACUUGCACUGCUUUGCUCAGAGAACUUGAGCAAAUAUGGAACGAUAUUGGCGAGAGCGAGAAGGACAAAGAUCGUAUGUUGAUGGAGCUGGAGAGGGAAUGCUUAGAUGUUUAUAGGCGAAAGGUUGAUGAGGCUGCCAACACGAAAGCACGCUUUCAUCAAUCCCUUGCAGCCAAGGAAGCUGAGAUUGCAACAUUAGUCGCUGCACUUGGGGAACACGAUAUUAGCUCUCCGAUUAGGGCGGAGAAGAGAUCUGCAUCGCUGAAGGAGAAACUUGCGUCUGUCACACCGUUGGUUGAAGAAUUGAAGAAGAAAAAAGAAGAAAGGGUGAAACAAUUUGCAGAUAUUAAAGCUCAAAUAGAAAAAAUAAGUGGCGAGAUUUGUGGAACUUUUUCUGUCAAUGAUGACGUGAGUGUGAGCAGCACAGGUGGUGUAGAGGAACAAGACUUGUCAAUUAGAAGACUUAAUGAAUAUCAAACACAUCUUGGUAGCCUUCAAAAGGAAAAGUCGGACCGACUUCAGAAAGUCUUGCAAUGUGUGAAUGAGGUGCAUUCUCUCUGUGGUGUACUUGGAUUAGAUUUCGGCCAAACGGUAGACGAUGUUCAUCCAAGUUUGCAUGGGACUCAGGUGGAACAAUCAACUAAUAUUAGCAAUAGCACAUUGGAAGGUCUAGAGAAAACCAUUCUCAAGUUAAAAACCGAAAGGAAAGCUAGAAUACAGAAGAUGAAGGAUAUUGUCGCUAACCUAUUCGAACUUUGGAAUUUGAUGGACACUUCAAAGGAAGAGAGAAACUCUUUUCUGAGGAUUACUUAUAUCGGUGCAACUUCCGAGUCAGAAAUCACCGAACGAGGUGGUCUUUCAACAGAAAUGAUAGAGAAGGCUUCAGCAGAAGUAGAAAGACUUACCAAACUAAAAGCGAGUAGAAUGAAAGAACUCGUUUUUAAGAAGAGGUCAGAGUUAGAAGAAAUAUGUAGAUUGACUCAUAUCGAACCUGAUACAAGUACUGCUGCCGAAAAAGCUAGUGCAUUAAUAGAUUCCGGCCUGGUUGAUCCUUGUGAACUAUUAGCUAACAUUGAAGCACAGAUAGUGAAGGCAAAAGAUGAAGCUUUGAGUAGAAGAGAAGUAACAGAUAGGAUUGAUAAGUGGCUAUUUGCUUGUGAAGAGGAAAAUUGGCUUGAUGAAUAUAGCCAAGACAACAAUCGGUACAGUGCUGGAAGAGGUGCUCACAUUAAUCUGAAACGUGCAGAACGAGCUAGAGUAACUGUAACCAAAAUUCCAGCAAUGGUUGACAAUCUUAUAAACAAGACGCUAGCAUGGGAAGAUGAAAAUAAGACUUGUUUUCUGUAUGACGGGGUACGUUUGGUGGAAUUAUUGGACGAUUAUAAACUGACCAGACAACAGAGAGAAGAAGAGAAGAGGCGACAAAGGGACCAAAAGAAGAUGCAAGAUCUGCUCCUAAAUCAAAAGGAAGCCAUAUAUGGAUCGAAACCUAGUCCAAGAAAAACUAACAGCUUUAGAAAGACAAACAGUUAUCGUGCAAAUGGCAAUGGUAACAGCAACGGCUAUGGCAAUGGAUCAAUGCCUCCUACACCUCGCCGGAACUCAGUGAGCGGUACAACAUCUGAACUAGGUACACCACGUUCCUACUCUGGUCGUCAUAACGGAUACUUUAACGAAGUGAGAAGAUUGUCUACUGCACCUCUUAACUUUGUGGCUAUCCCUAAGGAAGAUACAAUGUCAUAUAGUUGUGGUUCUGAACCCGAGUCCCCUCCUCAAGUUUAAGUUCAAAAAACUAAAAAUGGAAUAGGUUAAGAUUUUCCUGUAAACAUUAUUAAAACCAGAUCAAACCUUGUGAAUAGUAUGUUGCUUGUAAUAAGCUGAGAUAUAUACAUGGACAGUGACUCAGUGCAUGAUGAUUACUGACAUUUGAGGACAGGAAAUUAGAGUGUUUUAUGGUUUGAAGAACAUAAGCUUUGGAAGUGUUGAUACAGGUAGGGACAGUUAAGGAGACAGUGAAGAUUAUAGAGUGUUUGACUAUAUGUAUGAUGUUGGUUUUGUUUGUUUUCGUUUGUGUUUCAGCUGUAUAUAUAUGAUUUUCAGCUGUAGUAACUACUGAGAUUAUUUUGAUCCAUAAUUGUAGGAAAGUUCAUGCUCAUUGUUUUGAUGUAUGUGAGAAUCUAUAAUAUGUGAAUCUACCACAAAUAUUUCUAAUUGAA